AUGUUCGGCACAGCAAUGAUACCGGCGCCGGCGCCCAUCUACGACGAGAGAGACCUAGCCGACCUAGCCGAGGAUUUCCGCCGCAGCAAAGAAUCCCUGAAGGCUGCCGGCAGGAGGCUGACAUCUCGCCAGACCUCGCGUGCAACACGGGCAUCGCGAGCAUCAAUCGAGUCUCGAGGGCCCCUCUCAUCCAACGAAGACCUAGACUUAAACGUCGAUCUUCCCCCAGGCAUACUAGCAGACGAACCAGCUGCCUCGUCGCCUCCGUCCCGAGCGCCGGGGCAUCCAGCUGGCAAGGGGGCUCGGAAGACGAAACGUAGCUCGACGAACCGAUCCGAACGGAAGGCAGAACGUGAUGCUGGAGUUCAGCCAAUGAAGCGGAGGCGAGGCUUUCGUGCCAGACUUCGACGAAUUUUUGGCCGGGACGACAAGCCUGAAGCUAUUUCCGACACGCCAUACAGCCAAUGUCAGACUCAAGAACCGCGGAAACAGGACCAUCAGGGGGAGAACUCGCGGCAAUCCACCGAGAAAAAGGCCGCGCCGAAGCGUGGUCAUGAGCAUACUGAAGCUGAGCUGUCUUCGCCAAAAGAGCCUGCGCCUCACGCCAGCAUCAAUCUCGCCGAAAACGACACAACUGCAUGA